AUGGCCGAUGCAGCUUCUUUGAAUAAAGAUGAAGUUAUUGGAAGUCAUUCAACUCCACAAGCUCCGCAAGGUAAAGAAAACAGAAAACGAGGUCCUCUUAGUCGUCAUAAAAAUGAUGAAAGCUUUAAUGAUGACAGUUCUGAUGAUGACAGUACUGGAGAUGACAGUUCUGAUGAUGACAUUACUAGAGAUGACAGUUCUAGUGAUGAUAAUCUCAUCAAUAAUGGCCCUGAUUAUGGUGCGUCAAAUGAUCUCUUUAAUUCCGAUGAUGAUCAUUUAUUUGAAAAGAUGUUUCUUGAUGAUGAAUAUGACAUUAAAGAAGAUGUGCACAUAAAGCUCAAAAGUUUGCUUUGGAUGCGGGGCAUUUAUGGAAAAGUCGGUCCAAACGAGAAACUACCAUAUUUCCAUUUGUUUAUCACAGUUGAUUACAAGAAUGUUCAUGAAGCUGAAUUGAAAGAUAAAAUCGAUGAAAUGUUUGGACCGAAUGCUUCGAGGUACUUUGAAUUUCGUCCAAAACCAUCGAAAACACCAAAGCUUCAACUGCUAUCAAAGAUUGCAGUAGAAAGAAACAGUCGGACAGUUUCAAGAGGCACAUUAACGAUGUUCUGUUAUCAGAACGGGAAACAUUACGCGUUGACCUGUUGUCAUGUUUGCUACAACGGAGAUGGUGAUGACAAACUUUAUGAAAUGCUCAAUCAAAACAAAAAUGACCCAAACGAAUUCAAAUCACAUUUGAAUACAAAUCAAUACAACUACACAUCAUCUUCAGAACCCAAUAUUCACUUAGGAUAUUUCAGCGACUAUAAUUUACAAACUGAUAUGGACAUUUUGUCAAUAGAAGUCAAUGAAGAUUUUAAAGAAAAUUGCAGACGAAAUAAAAUACAUAGACCUUCAUGGAAUAAUGUAUGGAGGGAGCUGAAUAAACGAGUUCAUGUUGAGCACGAGACAGUUGAAGUAAAAAAGUAUGAGAGGUAUAAAAUUGGGAAAAUUUAUGAUGUUUCUUUUUCCUGUAAUGAUCCUGAAGGGAAGGUCGUGUAUCAGGAUGCCGUUCUAGUGAAAAGCAAAGAACAUUUCCUUAAAAGUGGUGAGUCUGGCGUGCUAGUAUAUUUUCGGGAUGAGCAUGGACGAAGAAUUCCCUUUGGUUAUGGUAUUGCUGAAGUUUAUCACGAGGAACUCUACGAGCCAGAGUAUAGAUCAGUCGCACAGCCUGCUGAAAAUGGAAUUGAAUUACUGUAGGUCUGCAAAGAGGAGAAAACGUAUC